CUUACUAUAUGGCUGUACUUGAUCCAACUCCUAGAAUGCUGGACCUCCCACUUUCCCUCAUCGUCUUCACUGUUUGCGCUGCCGCACUGGUACUAGUACGGUUAUACCGCUCGCGUACGCACCACUCUAUUGCGCAUAUCCGCGGUCCUCCCGCGAAGUCCAUGAUUAUGGGUAAUAUUCGUGAUAUGGCGUACCAGGAGAGCGUCGGCGACCUGGACUUCAAGUACAUGAAGGAGUACGGCACAGCUUGGAGAUUGCAUGCUACGUUCGGCAAACCGGUCCUUAUGAUCUCAGACCCCAAGGCCCUGCAACACGUCCUCCAUAAGUCCGGAUACAUGUAUCCCAAGACUACACAAUCGACCACGCUGGCGUUCAACAUUACUGGAAGGAGCAUUAUCUGGGCACCAAAUGGGGAUAUUCACUCUAGGCAUCGCAAGAUCAUGAACCCCGCUUUCACCGCCCCUCAACUACGCUCCUUCUUGCCGCUAUUCCGCAGGAGCUCCGCCAAGCUUUGUCAAAUGUGGAAGGACCAGAUUCUCAGUCGUACACCAGAAGGAACGACUGUUGUUGUGAAUACCUGGCUCGCCAGGACAACGCUAGAUGUCAUUGGAGAAGCCGCCUUCGACUUCGACUUUGGAGCACUAGACAAUACGGACAAUGAGCUGAUGAAAGCAUAUGAGAAUAUGUUCGCGGAUUCAAACAUGUAUCCGACGGUUUGGAAUGCCAUCUUCCAGGCAUUCUGGGACUACUUGCCCGACAAGGUUCUCGAACAAGUACGGCACAUUCCGACGCGCGAGUACAGGCGGAUGCAGAGCACGUUGCGCCUCUUUAUCAAGUACUCCCAGCGUCUCAUCGCGCAGAAAAGUGCCGCGCUCGCGAGCGAUAAGAGCAGUAAGGAUGUGAUGAGUGUCCUCAUCCGCGCGAACGCAUCAGAAGACGCUAGAUACAAGCUUAGCGACGAAGAGAUGGAGUCCCAAAUGAGCAUAAUGACCAUUGCAGGCCACGAGACGACCGCAAACACAAUCACCUGGAUGCUAUACGAACUCGCCAAGCAUCCAGACUACCAGGACAAGGUGCGCGCGGAGAUCGCACUGAAACGUGCCGAAAUCAUUGCACGAGGAGACGCAGAUUUCAGCAUAGAAGAUUUGGAGUCUUUGGAAUACUUGCAAGCCGCUAUCAAGGAAACCCUCCGCUAUCAUUGCAUUGUGUACCACCUCAACCGGAUGGCAUCACAGGACGACACCAUCCCUCUGGCUUACCCUAUCGUGUCUGCUUCAGGCGAGAUGAUAUCGGAGAUCCCUGUCGCCAAAGGCCAAAUUAUCAUGCUGAAUAUUGCCGCUUACAAUCGCCUUCCGGAGGUAUGGGGCGCGGAUGCUCACGAGUGGAACCCGAUGCGCUAUGUUGAAGACAAGGUCGACCCACAAGUCCGCGUUGGGAUGUACGCUAACCUGAUGACGUUCUCCGCUGGUGUGAGAGGCUGCAUUGGCUGGCGUUUCUCCGUUAUCGAGACGCAAGCCAUCGCUGCGGAUCUCAUCGAGAACUUCCAGUUCAACUUGCCCGAAGACAAGCCUGAGAUCAUUCGUGUGCCCGCAGGCAUCAUGGGCCCGAUGAUCAAGGGCAGAGAGGGAGAAGGCAUGAAGAUGCCCCUUCAUGUCACCGCCGUGUAAAGAACCUCGCAUGUCGAUCAUCUACACAGGCAUCGAUCCUGGAAGUCGGCUUUAGAUAGUAGUGCGGCUUUUGCAUCUGCAUCUCGGGUCUCAUGUUUACCAAAGAAUUUUGAAGCACGCAUUAAUAGGUACUCUCUUGUAAAAUACUCAUCAGGUGCUGCUGCUCACCCUGAAUUGUACCUCCAUGAAAUUAGUCCCCAUCUCAGAACA